UCAUUUCUCAACGAUCUAUCUAUUGACUCAUCAGCUUCGAACAUGAGACCCAUUAUUAGUUUCGUCUUCAAAGUUGUUUUUUUUUUUGUUUGUGGGCAUGCGAAAUUCGUUAUUCGUUAGGCUCCCUAUAGUUUGCUCGCUAUACUGACAUACUUGGAGUUUUUUGAGGGUUGGAGUUUGUGUUUUUAUUGUAUAGAUUUGAAUUUUUCCGAGUAUAUUAGCUUGCAAUUUUAAAAUGUUUGUUUGAUUUGCUAUGAAGGGAUCUGUGGGUUGCAAGUUUUGUGUUUGGUCAAAUGCCUAAAUGAGCUUUGAGAUUCCUUUGGCUAUCUUUAUUGGUUGUUUUGUUAACUGUUGAUUUCUUGUGGUCUGUUCUUUGUGAAUGGCUCUGUUAAUAGUGCAUGGCUUUGUUAAUUUUGUUUGAAGGGUAAUUUCUUUUAUGGGUCUUGAUGGUAGAUUUGAUACCUGGAGCUGUUGGGCCCUUUUACCAGUUUUAACGAUAUUGAAAGCCAUAGAAGAAAACAAUAAUAUUACUCUCCCUUUUCCCUUCUAAAUCUCACUACCAAACAUACCUGCAGGGAUAAUAGGGCUUCCUACUGUAAACAUGACAUUUAUUGUGUGUUGUUUAGUGAGAAUUUAGCCGAGGUUUGAUUCUAUUUGGAAGUUGUAUGGAACUUAUUAAUUAAUCCUUUCUAGAGUUAUCAACUUAAUCAACAGUGAAUGUGUAUUUUCCCUGGCAUUUCUGAGUUGGAUUCCUGUAUACAGAAAUUUCCAAAACAGACAGUUGUUGAUGAUUUGUCAACAUGAAUAAGUUGUUAGACUUUGGGAGGAAAGCCCUCUUUUAUGUCAGGGUGCUUUCUGGAUAUGAAGAGCGAAGAAUACGAUCUUAUAGGCUCCAGCUUGAACAACGCGUACAACAGGCCCAAGCAAGGAAAGCAGCCAUAAAUAAAGAACCUGAGAAGAUUAUUUUAUCUGAGGUUCGUCGAAUGGUUGAAGAGAUGCAAAAUUUGAACAAGAAGCUGGAAGAAACUGAGGCAGCCAUUGAAGACUAUUUCAAGCCUCUAGACAAUGAAGCUGAGAUUAUAAUGAAAAUGCAACUACAAGGGGAGGAGAGAACAUCAGAGAUGAUGAUGAAGGCAUUGGAGAAACAAGCUUCACCUCAGCAAGUUGAAGCAGAAAAAAAUGCAAUUAUGCAUAAAGUUGACAACUCUGAAGCCAACCUGGAUGAUUCUAAGCUGAUGGAAGAUGAGAAAGGUUUGAAGGAGAUGUUGAAAGAAUUGCAACGAGAAGUUUUGCUUGAGAAAGCUGAUGCAGGAAGUUCUGAUAAUAUGCAUCAAUCAGACAAGUCUCAUAUCAAUUUGGACCCUGCAUCUUCAACCACCUCUGAAAGAAGCUGAGGUUAUGUAAUUUUGAAGCAUUGGUGAUUCCUGAUUUUUGGCUUUGAAAUACAUUUCAGCUGUGCUGCUGAAAUGUUAAUCAUCUUGGUGAAUUCAAACUAACAAAGGCAGGACUAGGGCAUAUUUGUAGCUUGUUUGUAUUACUAAUUUUGUUCAAUAAAAUUUUCAUCUUUUGAGGCGUGAUAAAA